AUUCUCAUAUUGCACAAUCAACUUUCCUUUCAUCGCUGUCUAACAUUUUCUUAGUACUUUGUACAACCUCAUAAAUACCUUCCGUAUUUAGCAACUAGGAGUUUCUUUAAUCCAUAUUUUAUCAAUUCAACCAGGCCAUAAUAAUCUCAUUUUUUUUGUGUUCAACAGCUCAAAAUAUGAGGAACGAGAAACAAGAUGCUCGAAGCAUAGAGAACAGAAAAAACUCAGUGAAACUCAAGUACGUCAAACUUGGUUACCACUACUUAAUCUCAAAUGCAAUGUAUCUGUUCCUUCUUCCACUCAUCAUAGCCCUAGGCCACCUCUCGCUUGAAGAUAUUGUUCAACUCUUCCAACACUUCGAGCUGGGCCUUGUCUCCGGCACUCUUGUGUGCACGGCCCUUACUGUGUGCCUCGUCACGCUCUACUUCUCAUGGCGCCCUCGCGACGUUUAUCUUCUCGACUUCUCCUGCUUCAAGCCGGAGCCCAGCCUAAUGUGCAGCCGCGAAACGUUCAUGCGGCAAACUGAGCUAGCCAACACCUUCAGCGACGAGCUUCUAGGGUUUCACCAGAAGAUCAUUGAGAGAUCAGGCUACGGACAGAAGACAUACGUGCCCAAGGCAGCACUGGAGGACCCGCCCAUAGCAACGAUGGAGAAGGCGAGGGAGGAGGUGGAGAUGGUGAUGUUUGGGGCAAUAGACGAGUUGUUGGCCAAGACAAGAGUCAAUGUCAAGGAUAUUGGGAUUUUGGUGGUCAACUGUAGCUUGUUCAAUCCUACACCAUCGCUUUCAGCCAUGGUUGUUAACCGUUACAAGCUUAGAGGGAACAUUUUGAGCUAUAGUCUUGGUGGGAUGGGAUGCAGCGCUGGCAUUAUUUCUGUUGACCUUGCCAAACGUUUGCUACAGGACCAACCGAACACGUAUGCCCUAGUGGUGAGUACGGAAAGUAUGACCCUAAACUGGUACGGCGGCACUAACAAAUCAAUGCUCAUCACCAACUGCCUGUUCCGCCUCGGCGCCGCCGCGGUCCUCCUAACAAACAAAUCCUCCGAACGCCGCCGUUCCAAAUACCAACUCAUGCACACCUUACGGACACACAAGGGCGCCGACGAUAUGAGCUAUCGCUGCGUGAUACAACAAGAAGACGACAACGGAGAAGUUGGCGUCAAGCUCUCGAGGGAUCUCCUCACGGUGGCCGGAGACGCCAUCAAGACCAAUAUUACCAUGUUAGGCCCCUUAGUCCUCCCCGUAUCGGAACAAAUCCUCUUUUUGGCUAAUCUAGUGGGGAGGAAAAUGCUUAGGAUGAAGAUCAAGCAGUACGUGCCUGAUUUCAAGCUAGCUUUUGAACAUAUUUGUAUCCACGCCGGUGGUCGAGCAGUCCUUGAUGAGAUCGAGAAGAACCUGAAUCUCACUAAAUGGCACGUUGAACCUUCUAGAAUGACCCUUUACAGGUUUGGAAACACUUCUAGUAGCUCUCUUUGGUACGAGCUGGCUUACACUGAAGCCAAAGGUAGGGUCCGGAGAGGAGAUCGGGUUUGGCAAAUUGCAUUCGGGUCGGGUUUUAAAUGCAACAGUGCAGUUUGGAAAGCAAUCCGGUCCGUCAAUCCGGACAAGGAGAAGAAUCCCUGGAUCGAUGAAAUCGACGAGUUUCCCAUUACAGUGCCAGAUGUGCAACCCGUUCUAGCCCAUUAAUUUAUAAUAAUAAUUUUUAUUAUUGCUAUAUCUAUUUUAUAGAAGAAAAGAAAGGAAGAUAUGAACACGAUGACACGAUUAAUAGUGUUUAGGGGUCUCGUCCUUCCAAAACAUGAUGGCGAUAUCAUGAUCACCACUUGGCAAUAUUAAAUUUAAGUUUUAUGUUUCCUCUUUCUUUUACUACUGUAAUUUUUAAGGUUGUCCCUGAUCAGAGGAACUCAUGUUGUUCGGACGACUAGUACUAGUAAAACAUGUGUUCCUCUAAAAAAGAAAAGUGUUUUUUUGUA